GUCUGAGGAUGAAAAGAGUGAGUGAGACUGGAAGUGUGUAGCAGGUAAAAAGAGUUUGUGUUCACUGGGUCAUAAUGACAUGGAAACUGAUCUCUCUGUCACCUCCUGUUACCAUAGAGCCCUGGAGUACAAUUACAGCUGCAGAGACACCUUACACACACACACAGAGUUUCUGUCCCUUCCACACUCACCUUGAAGCGACUACACAGACCAAAUAGCUUCAUUGAAGGGUUUUCUGAAUGUACAGCUAUAAAAUGUUUGAGGUCAGUGCUCACGGUUGAUGUUUGAGGGCCGCAUCUGAUGUCAACACACAGUCCUGGGGUCCCUGAAUCCUCAUGAGAGGAACCACGGACACAGACACCGGUGUUGAGCCUCCCACUCCUGCCGGCGGUCGGCUCGGCUCAGGUGCGGGGGGUUCGCCGUUCUACCGUGAGCUGUGGUUCAUUGUGCUGAUGGCUGGAGUCGCGCUAUUGCUGUUGGCUCUCAUUCUGGCUGUAGUUUUACACAAGGCUCUCAAUAAACCGCCGUUCACCCGGGAACGGCCACCCCUCGUACCACUGCCGCUCCAGCGCCGCAGCCCGCGGGCUGUUUACCCGCCCAGCAACUCCUACCUGUUUGACACAGUUCCAGAAACGGUGGGCUCUCCGAACAGCGUCACACUGAAAGCCUUCACCAUGCACAUGGAGGAGGUGAUUGAGAGUAAAGUGAUGGAGGACCGUUCUGCUGAAGGUGAAGAUGGUUUGGUGACGGUCUCAGGUCUGUACACACAAAACCCUUUACAGCGCAGCGUCAGUCAGCUCAUCGUCAAGAAAGACGAGGAAUCAUGGGAGCCGCACUUCAGACGCCUUGACAGCGGCCUGUUCGAAGGUGAGGAGUUUGUGGACACCAUCAAAGGCUUCAGCACAGUCAGGAAGGAACACACCAUGUUCACCGACACCAACCUUUGAACUUCAUCAUGACCUUUGACCUUCAUCAUCAAACAUCAUCUCAGAACUGAGCGGAAAAUGAACUGAACUGUUUUGGUGAAUUCAGAACUGCUCUGGGACUUUAUGGACCCGUGACACCAACAGGAGGAAACUAGAUUAUACAGCAGACAAAAAAAAAAGUUCACAUUAAUGUGAAACCAUUGAAUUGAAAACAAUAUUUCUAGCAAAUAAGCAUUGUUUAAAGUUGGCUUAGAAAUUUGCAAAUUCUUUGCUGAAACGCACCACUUUUGCUUUUUUAUUUGAAGAAAACAGUGUUGUACUGUUAUGACAAAUGUAAUAUUUAAGCAUUAAGCACAAGAGGCCGAUGUUCCCUCUAAGCUGUGCUUCUUACAUCAUAACCAUGCAGAAGAAAUAAUAUGCUGUGCACAGGACAGAUGUAAAAAUGAGCUGGGAAAUCCAUUUGAUUUAAUUUAGGGAACGUGAAAUAAUUGCAAUGCUUGGGCAAACUGCUAUAGAGUUGAUGUGGCUAUAGAACCGGUGAAUGCGGUUUACAGGUUUCAUAGAAAGAGAAUAAUGUGCACCAAAUCAGUCACUGUAGAGAUUGAAUACUUUAAUGUUUGUGGGCGAAAUAACAUGAGAGCCAACGUAAAUGCAAUAACGUGAAAUAGAAAUUUCAUUAUGUUUUAAAGAAGAGUUGCUUAAUUAAGUGGUGGAAAUGAUGGGCACACAAAACUGUAACAAAACAUUUACAGUCACACACAGGUGUAGCAGUGUGCAAACUCUGCUACAUGGGGAUGCUUAGUUAACUGUAAAAGAAUUAAGAAAAUAUUUGUUUUAUUAUAUUACAUUUUAUUACAUUAUAUGCGCUGUACAGGUCUUCCCCAAAAAAAAGAAAAAAAAAAAUUAAGAGGGAACAUUACAAGAGGCUACGUCAUAAUAAAGAUAUUAAAUAUACAACUUUUCAUUAAAAUAUUGUGUUAUGUUAAAAGUCACAAUUGAACUGAAGCUAAUAUUUGGUGUUUGCUUA